GGCGGGAGGCGCGCGCGGGAGGGCCCGCCGGCCAGGGCCCCUGGCGCGCCCAGAGGCGGCCGGCGCUCCAGGCCCGCCCCGCAGCCCAUGCCCGGCUCUGCAUGGCCCCGGCUGCUGACAUGACUUCUUUGCCGCUCGGUGUCAAAGUGGAGGACUCCGCCUUCGGCCAGCCGGCGGGGGGCGGCGGGGGCCAGGGCCCCGGCGCCGCGGCGGCCGCGCCCCCGGCCGCGAUGGGGGCCGACGAGGAAGGGGCCAAGCCCAAGGUGUCCCCGUCGCUGCUGCCCUUCAGCGUGGAGGCGCUCAUGGCCGACCACAGGAAGCCCGGGGCCAAGGACAGCGCGCUGGCCGCCUCGGAGGGCGCGCCGGCGGCCGGCGGCUCCGCGCAGCCCCUGGGCGCCCGGCCCGGACCCCUGGGCGCCCCGGACGCGCCGGCCUCCCCGCGGCCGCUCGGCCCCUUCUCGGUGGGAGGGCUCCUCAAGCUGCCCGAAGACGCGCUCGUCAAAGCCGAGAGCCCCGAGAAGGCCGAGCGCACCCCGUGGAUGCAGAACCCCCGCUUCUCCCCGCCCCCGGCCCGCCGGCUGAGCCCCCCAGCCUGCACCCUGCGCAAGCACAAGACCAACCGCAAGCCGCGGACGCCCUUCACCACGGCGCAGCUCCUGGCUCUGGAGCGCAAGUUCCGCCAGAAGCAGUACCUGUCCAUCGCCGAGCGCGCCGAGUUCUCCAGCUCGCUCAGCCUCACCGAGACGCAGGUGAAGAUCUGGUUCCAGAACCGCCGCGCCAAGGCCAAGAGACUGCAGGAGGCCGAGCUGGAGAAGCUGAAGAUGGCCGCGAAGCCCAUGCUGCCGCCGGCCGCCUUCGGCCUCUCCUUCCCGCUCGGCGGCCCCGCGGCCGUGGCCGCCGCCGCCAGCGCCUCCAUCUACGGCGCCUCGGGCCCCUUCCAGCGCGCCGCGCUGCCCGUGGCGCCCGUGGGACUCUACACGGCCCACGUGGGCUACAGCAUGUACCACCUGACAUAGAGGCCCCAGAUGCUGGGCUUCCCGGC